AAAUGACCUCUGCCCCUCUCCGUCAUCGACCCUGAAGAGCCUCACGUUUUCACUCCGUGACCUCCGAUUUCAUUUAGAUUUACAUUAAAUUUCUUUAGAAUAAUCCACACUAUUGUAGAUCUUGAGCUUGUUUGUGGUUUAUCUCUCACUCGGACUUUUGUCGGUCUUUACUUGGGCUCGCACAGGGCACCGCACAGGAGCACAUAGUAGAGGAACAUGUCCGGGAUCGAGGAGCUGUCCCCAGCCGCGGGCCCGGUGUCCACUCGGCCCCCGGAGGACGAGAUUGACGACGACGAAGAUGAAGAUUUGGAUGAGACUUUGGCAGAGAGGUUGUGGGGCCUUACAGAAAUGUUCCCAGACACAGUGCGGACUGCAGCUGAAGUGUCCGCGCAGUGCUCCGUUUCACUGGCCAAGAAGCUUUAUAGUUUUUCCCGUGCUGCACUCUGGGUGGGUACUACAUCCUUCAUGAUCCUGGUCCUGCCGGUUGUGUUUGAAACAGAGCGACUACAACUGGAGCAGCAGCAGCUUCAGCAGCAGAGACAGAUCCUACUAGGGCCCAACACAGGGAUGUCUGGAGGGAUGCCUGGGAUGAUGCCAGCAGCUCCAGGCAAAAUCUGAGCAUCGUCCUGGGCCCUACACGGACCUGAGAUCUGCUGCUAACCCUGCGCCACGGUCAUGAGGAGAGACAGGGAGACCAGAUAGAAUGGACGAGCUGCACUACACAGGAUCAGGCUGAAGUCAAUCUUGUGGGUUAAUCUCUAAUCUAAUUUGAAGGAGAAAGGACACGUUCUUCUAUAUCUUACUGUCUCUCCUCAAGUCAACAUUAUGCAGAGACUUUCAAGGAGCACUGCUUCAUGGUUUUGUCUUCUUUCUUUUUUUUAAUAUCAUAAAUAUGUUUAGGUGGUAGCAGAAUCAAGUGUAUGAGACAAAAUGUGGUAUGGAUGUUUUAUGUGUUGGUGUUUUGUCCAAGGAAAAAUGCUCUUUGGACUUUAAAAACUCUACUCUGCUCAGUGGUUGAAAUGGUUGUAGCUCACUGGUUUGUUAAGGCUGUUCAACGUUACCAUCAUUAGAUCAAGUAUAAAAUGUGAAUGCAGUGGAACAGAAAAAUGCUGAAUGUUACUAAGUUAAUAGCACUGCAUUUCCAAAUAGAACAUGUCAUUAUUCUGGUUCCACCAUCCAGUGCUUGAAGUAAAUUAUUUGCUGUAGGUAAUUACAAUUCUACUCAAGAGUUCCAGUUUACUGAUGAAACAGGACCAUGUCUCUAGUACAUUUUGCAAUUAUUUGUCAAAUAAAACACCAAUUCAAAGAGUAA